AUGCACCAGCAGCACCAGCAGCAGCAUCACAGCCACCACCACCAGCAGCACCAGGCGCUGCAGGGGCCGGCCGACCGCUGGCUGCCCAGCGACGAGCCGCCGCCGGCGUGGGCGGGUGGCUCGCGCGUCGCCACCUACAACCCGGCGCAGAAGCUGUUCCGCUGCGCCGACUGCGGCUGCGUCGGCUUCCUGGCGCGCGUCGCCGAGCACUGGCUCGGCUCGCACGCCAACCUGCGCGUCUUCCACUGCCCGCAGUGUCCGUACUCGAGCGCGUGGGCACGCUGCGUGCGCACGCACCUGACGCGCCAGCACGCCGUGGCGCCCGCCGACGCCGACGCCGCACUCUUCGCCAACAACCCGGUGCUCGAGGAGGUGUCCAAGUUCCUGCACCGGCUCAAGGCGCGCGCCGAGGCGGCCGCCGCUGCGGCCGUCGCGGGCGGACACCCUCCACCCCCGCCCCCUCCGUCGCACCACCCUCCCGCACCGUCACUGCCACCACCACCGCCGCCACCGCCUCCGCCGUCGGCAUCCCAUCAGCAACAGCAACAGGACUCGGGCGGCGUCAAGCGGUACUGCUGCGGCUACUGCCCGUAUUCGACGGACCGGCGCGACCUUUUCACGCGCCACGAGAACAUCCACCGCGAGGAGAAGCCGUUUCAGUGCUACGUGUGCCAGAAGCAGUUCAACCGCGCGGACCACGUGAAGAAGCACUUUCUGCGCAUGCACCGCGACUACCCGUACGACCUGAACCGCGUGCGCCGCCAGCCGGACAAGAGCCCGCCGGCGCCGUCGCCGGGCCCCCGCACGGGCUGCGCCGCCAAGUCGCACGCUAGCAAGAACAAGAAAAAGGCCGACAAGCGCUAUUCGUGCUGCUACUGCUCGUGGUCCGGCGUCGACAACUGGUGCCUGAAGCGACACCUCAACACGCACCUGAAGCCGUUCGUGUGCGCGCUGUGCGACUACAAGGCGGCGCGCGCCGAGCGGCUGGCGACGCACGUGCUCAAGGUGCACAACAAGCGCGCCUGCGGCAAGUGCUCCUUCCUCGCCGACGACCAGGCGCAGCUGGCCAUCCACAGGCAGGAGCACCACCAGCACCAGGGCGCUGCCCCGAGCAACCACUUUGGCCUGCUAAAGCGCGAGCAGCAGUAUGAGCUGGGUCUGCCGCUCCACGCCUUCAGCGCGCCGCGGUCCGCACCCAAACAGCAGCACUUCGGUGCGGCGCGCCUCUUCCACUACAUGGAAGCGUCCGACACCUCCGACCAGGACGAGGAGGAGGAGCCGGUAAGCUGCUCUGCCCAGCGGCCUCCGCCGCCCGUCGGCUGCCGGCAGUGCGGCUGCGAGUUCGCCGACGUCAACUCUCUGCAGACGCACCAGCUCGUCCACCACACGGCCAAGAGCGGCGCGCCCGAGGCAGCCACUGCCACCGCGAAGAAGCCGUGCACCAAACCGCUGCCCUACCGCUGUAGCGUCUGCGAGUGCAGCCUUGCGUCACAGGCACUGAUGCUGGAGCACAUGCGGAUACACAACGGACGCCUGCUCGCCUGCAAGGAGCGCGACUGUGCCUUCGUCACCCCGCUCGGGGAGUCAGCACUCAGGGACCACUCCAAAAUGCACUACCCUUCCGUCGGCAAUACUCCCCUUUGCUGCCCCCACUGCCAACACCCUCUGGACUCUGUCGAAUCCCUACAGCGGCACAGGCCGCUUCACCACUUACCUGAAACCCUCUGCGAUCUCUGUGACAGUGUUUGCCAAAAGUUUCGCCACUGCCCACCACUCUCUGCCACUGCCUGCUGUGGAUCUGGCUGUGUAGACCUGAAAACUGGAACUUCCCUCGACUGUUCGUUUCCAAAAACUGAUCAAGCUACAGCUGGCACGAAACGUUCUCGGAAGCAGAGGCAGCCCAGACGAGUUGUAGCGAGAGGAGAAGACGCGUCGGAAAUUCGCGUCCUGAAACACUCGGCGUCUCCGAAGCCGCGGUCUGCCAAGUGGAGAACUCUCGGCGCCAGUCGCACCUUGUGUCAACUCCGAGAGAAGUAUAUGAGCGGACUCCUCUCCCGCAAGAGGAUAAGGUGCAGCUGGUGUCCGCAACAGGCGCCACUGUUCCCCUACCACACGCCGGCCACACUGGCUCUGCACAAUUCGUGGCGCCAUAGCAUUCGCAAGUUUGAAUGCGAGCACUGUAGUGAAACUUUCCGCCACCGCUACCAAGUGAUCAUACAUUCCAGCAGGGAACACGCCGCAGUAAGCAACACCAGUCGCGGAGACGGACCGGAAGGGAAACCGGUGGAGGACGUUUCACAGCAGUCUGGACCAGAAAGUGGAUGUCAAGGUGGAAAGGAGCGAAUGACUGUAAACACUCCCUCUUGCCCUCUGGCGGAACCCACAUUUCCUAGCAUGAAUGUACCUGAUUCUCUGAGUGAAAAUGUGCCAAUGACAACGAAAGAACUCUGCAAUGGAGAUAACCUACGCAGUGUCCAAAGUUAUACAAAAAACUCCAUUUUAAAUAUUCCACUGCCGCCACCCAUUAUGGCAACAUCGUCUUCGGUAUUGUGACCGUAUUACUUCUCUUACUAGGUUACAUCUUUUCACUCAAGGGUUAAAGUGCAAUAAACGUGUUUUCCACGUCCUAUUUUUCGUUAUGUGUGAAUGAAAUGAAGUGUGUCACAGCAAUGUAACUGUGAUA